GGGGAGUGGCGGCGGCGGCAGCGGCGGGCGGCUACCGCCUCAGCCUCGGCAGUGGCGUCGGCGAAGGCAGAGUCGAGGCAGCCGCGAGCGCUCGGCUGAGUGUCAGCCGGUGGCGACGGCUCAAGAACUGGGAGUUGGGGACGCGCGCGCCGGACCUUCCGCCGCCGCCGUUGCCGCCGCGGCCGCUGCUGCCGCCGCCCAGAGCCUAAGGCGCCGGGGCCGGGGGAGCAGGGGGGGCGGGCGAGCGAGAGGGCCGGGGGGAGGGUGGGGGAUGGCGCGGACCCCGGGGCCGGCCCCGCUGUGUCCCGGAGGCGGCAAAGCACAACUUUCCUCCGCUUCUCCCCCCGGGGCCGGGCUCUUGCUGCCACCCCCGACGCCGCCGCCGCUACUGCUGCUGCUCUUCCCGCUGCUGCUCUUCUCCCGGCUCUGUGGUGCCUUAGCUGGGCCAAUUAUUGUGGAGCCACAUGUCACAGCAGUAUGGGGAAAGAAUGUUUCAUUGAAGUGUUUAAUUGAAGUAAAUGAAACUAUAACACAAAUUUCAUGGGAGAAGAUCCAUGGCAAAAGUUCACAGACUGUUGCAGUUCAUCAUCCUCAGUAUGGAUUCUCUGUUCAAGGAGAAUAUCAGGGAAGAGUCUUGUUUAAAAACUAUUCACUUAAUGAUGCUACAAUUACUCUACAUAACAUAGGAUUCUCUGAUUCUGGAAAGUACAUAUGCAAAGCUGUUACAUUCCCGCUUGGAAAUGCUCAGUCCUCUACAACCGUAACUGUAUUAGUUGAACCCACUGUGAGCCUGAUAAAAGGGCCAGAUUCUUUAAUUGAUGGAGGAAAUGAAACGGUAGCAGCCAUUUGUAUCGCAGCCACUGGAAAACCAGUUGCACACAUUGACUGGGAAGGUGAUCUUGGUGAAAUGGAAUCCACUACAACUUCUUUUCCAAAUGAAACGGCAACAAUUGUCAGUCAGUAUAAGCUGUUUCCAACCAGAUUUGCUAGAGGAAGGCGAAUUACUUGUGUUGUAAAACAUCCAGCCUUGGAAAAGGACAUCCGAUAUUCUUUCAUAUUAGAUAUACAGUAUGCUCCUGAGGUUUCAGUAACAGGCUAUGAUGGGAAUUGGUUUGUAGGAAGAAAAGGUGUUAAUCUCAAGUGUAAUGCUGAUGCAAAUCCACCACCCUUUAAAUCUGUGUGGAGCAGGUUAGAUGGACAGUGGCCUGAUGGUUUAUUGGCUUCAGACAAUACUCUUCAUUUUGUCCAUCCGUUGACUUUCAAUUAUUCUGGUGUUUAUGUCUGUAAAGUGACCAAUUCCCUUGGUCAAAGGAGUGAUCAAAAGGUCAUCUACAUUUCAGAUGUUCCAUUUAAGCAGACCUCCUCCAUAGCCGUAGCUGGCGCCGUAAUUGGAGCCGUCCUUGCCCUUUUCAUCAUUGCUAUCUUUGUGACUGUGCUGCUGACUCCUCGAAAAAAGAGACCAUCCUAUCUUGACAAAGUGAUCGACCUUCCACCCACACAUAAACCACCUCCUAUGUAUGAAGAACGAUCUCCCCCUUUGCCUCAAAAAGACCUUCUAUAUCAGACCGAACACUUGCCUCUGCAGACCCAGUUCCGAGAAAGAGAGGUGGGCGGCCUCCAGCACUCUAAUGGGCUAAGUCGCAGGAGAGUGGACUAUGAAGAUGAGAAUCCUGUGGGGGAAGAUGGGAUCCAGCAGAUGUGCCCCCUUUACAAUCAGAUAUGCCAGAAAGACCGGAGCCCGGGCAAGCAUCGUCAAAGCAACGACCCUGAGAGGGUGUACAUCAACCCGCGAGAACAUUAUGUGUGAUUUCACUCUUUUUUUCCCAGUGGACGUCCUAACGAAAUGUUCGAUCUUCGACUGGGGAGAGAAACUGAGGACAGUGGUUCUUAUCUUAUUCUCCCUCGUGUAAAACAAUCCCAGUUUAUGUGUAUCAGAAGUCACGAUGAAUGGCUUCGAGCCAAUAGCAACUUGGUUUCCUUCAUUAAGAGUUUCUUAGCCACCAGCUGUGUUUGUGAACUUGACUCUAGCUUUGUGUGUUUCUGUGAUGAUAGUGUUUAACUACUAACAUUUGGCCUACAGUGGCACGUUCAUUGAAACAUAGAAUAUCUGCCUGUGAUGGCAACAGUGAUUCUCCGGAAAGGAAGGCCCCAGCUGGGAGUGUUAACCUUGCAGGGUUUCAGGAAGGCCAGCCUAUUUAUCUGUAACUCAAGCGAGCAGGAAGAAAAAAAAAAAAAAAAAAAAAAAAAAAAAAGGAGUUCAAAAUCCGUUUCACUAAUUAUUUCACUGGGAUUUGGCUUUCCCUGAUGUGCUUAAUGCAAUUACAAUACCUGUGUACAAACAGGAGGCCUGAGGAAAGAGGCAGAAUUUGCUCUUUAUCCCAAAAAACAACAACAGAAAGCAGUUUAAACCUUCAAGCCUGUUGGUUCCUUUUAAAGUCUUGUGAUAAUUGUAAUAUAUGUUCCUUCUUGAUGACUAAGGUCCUGAGGGAUACAUAUUUCGCGCCGUUCUCUGACCAGUCUCGAUUAGCUGUGUGCUAAGACUCUUCUCUUGCCCUGUUGUUGUUCCCACAGUUCUGUUCUUUCCUAGCCAGAUUAGCCUAUUUCCCACCUAUUAAAUUCUAAAAGCCUCGUCUAAAUGGUGGACAGCCUUGAGCCCUGUCCCUCUUUGCUGUAGUAUUGUAUAUGACAAGCUCAGCUUUCACUUCUGAAAUUCCUUUCAAGCUAAUCCUCUCCACACAGGCUUCAGCUACCCUCUCCUUCUUCAGACUACUUCUCAUCCAUGUUUUAUCUACCUCAGAAAAGCCUGCUGCAAAAUCACCGUGAAAUAACUCCUGCUCUUAAGAGCCAGGUAGAAAAUUUGAAAAUUAAAAAAAAAAAAAAAAAAAAAAAAAAAAAAAAAAAAAAAAGGGCAAUAUGGCCUAUGUGCUAAACCCCCAUGUUAUCCUUUAUCCUCCCCCCAGCCCCAAGUUUACCCAGUCAACAAGGGUGAAGAGAUGCUAAAAAGCAAAUAAUAUAGUGACAGACUUACCGGUGCAACACUUUGGUGCCUGCAAAUGUCUGUCUUGAGUUUUCUCACUUCCCUUUGCCAAUGUAUCCUCACUGAGAUCGAAGGUAGUAAUUAUAAUGGAGGGAGCAGAGGAGGGGCGCCCAGGUACAUGCGCAAAUGUCAAUCACUCUUUUCACAUCUUAAGGAAAGCAUUGUUUUACUGUGUGUUCUGGAAGAUGAGAGGUAUGUCACAGAUAUUAAAAACACUACCGACUUGUCAUAUAUUAGGAAAGAAUGACAUAAGGACUAAUAAAAUAGUACACAUUUCCAACCGAAGUUUCAGGAGGACGGGAGAAUAUUAACACAGAUUUCUAAUGAGAUACCAAAGACACCUUGUGAUUCACGUUGUGCUGGCUCUCGUUCUUGUUUGUAUGUUGGUUUCCUUUUUUUAGUUGCUGUGCUUUUUCGGACAACUUAUCCAGGUCAUUCUGCCGUCGUCACACAUUCUGCCCCUGUUGUCUUGGUGAGCGACAAUUCUGGCAGUAAAGACGCUUAAAUUCUAACUCAAUGCUGUGGCAAUUUAAAAGGCCAUAGUUGUAUGGAAUUAAAGGGUAAAUUCCAAGGACCGCAUUGCUCUAUCACUGUCCUACCUCAGUUAGAGUUUACUGCCCUUUGUAGCAAGCGGACACAAAACAUAUUUGACUUCAUUUCCAUGGAACCCCAUCAGUGAAUUAGUGUGGCCGAAGGUUCAUGAAUCCUUGCAACUGUUUUCCAACAGAAAGAUGACUCUGGUCAGAGUUCUCCUGGAGAGUGAAGUGUUUUUAUAAAUACUAGAUGUUACAGAGGAGGAGAUUCAGUGGGAUGUACUUCCUUUAAAAAGCUUUAAAAAUGUCUUCCACGUUAGGGAUGGUUUCUAAGGUCCUGCUGAGAAGCAGCUUGUUGAAUUAGCAUCAUAGAAGUUUAUAUUGAACCUUGAAGGCAGUAAAGUAAGGUGUCUGUUUGCACUAGAUGUGGAAGAGCUGGGUUUUCGGAGCCAUUUGGCCUGUCUUCAGAGCCAUCCCUACCAAGAAGAACCCCCUAUAUAAUUUUUAACAUUCUUGGUGCAGUUCCAGAAAAGAAAUUUCAGGGUAUAGACACCCCUCUUCCAGCCAGCUUGCUCAGUAUCCUCUUUGCUUCUCUGUCAGCUAUAAUAGUUUUUAACAAACUGGUAGAUUCUAUAGCUGUUGGCCUUUUCCAUGGGUCAGAUAAGCUGUAUAAUUGCUUGUCCUGGUGUCUCCUGUCUGUCCUCUCUGAAUACUGAGUGCAACAGAAAGGAGCUUUAAAAGGGUUGGAUCAGCCAGUCCCUCAACCAAAAAAAAGCCAUCCAAAAUUAGUCUGUCGAUCUCUCAAUUUGGAGCUUAGACUACUUGUUGAUCCCCAUUUAAAUUUGGAAGUUAGACUCUUAAAGGUCAGUGAGUGUUAAAAUCCACAGCUGAUAGGAGAUACUCUUCCCAUAACUGGUUUACUAAAACACAGUGAAACAGAAAUAAAUCCCCAGAGCGCUUAUCCACUUAGGGCCGCAGCUUAACAUUUCAACGGGGGGCGUGUGCUGCAUCUCAGACACGCAGCCUUUGCCGCCUGUUUUGUAGGCAGCCCAGCUCCGGGAGUGUGCACUGUGGCCACAGGAGUGGGUCCCCAGGUUCUUUGCACACCACUCCAGAGUAAAGCAUCUGUACCAUCUAGGAUCGGCCUGACGUAAUGGGAUGGCAGUUUAGAUUAAUUCUCUUCUAUGAGGGUUCUCCUGGCCUUCUUCUGUUUUCUAAGUUUGAAGAAGUCUAUGCUCUUUGGACUUGUAACAAAACUCUUAACCUGUGAUAGACCGCCCUGUAACACACACAUGGUGGGUACUAACGACAUGCCCUAGAAACUAAAUGAACUGGUUACCUCAUUAAUUUUUUAUGGCCUUAUUUACUCAUAAGGAUGGUACAGUUUCUUUGUCUGUCUUCUGAGGAUGAUUUCCUAAAUUCUCUUUCAUAGUCAUUGAAAAUUUGACUUUUAUUUUUCGUUGUACAGUCUUGCCCUGCACUGGGCUGGUCUCCUCCUACUAUUCUUUAUAUACAAUAGAGCCCCCCUUCAAGCCUCUUAUUCCCUGGGGUGUAGAGGACAGACUAUUACACCAGGAACCAAAAGAACAGAUUCUCCCAACUUCACCCUUUCUAGCCAUGGAAACUUAGACAAGCCACUUAAUCUCUCUAGGGCAUCAGUUGCUCUAUCCAUAAAGGUUACACCUUCCCUGUCAGCCUCUCAGGAAUGUGAGAUAGGAAACCGUAAGCUCCCUUCAAACUGAAGACGCCUUGUAUUAUUCUUCUGUGUUGAACCUAAACUUCUAGUGCCCUCACCAGCACUGGGGAGAACCAGGUGGUAACAGGCAAAUCUCAAUUUGACCCAAUUUGAGUAUAGCCAAGUGAAAGUGGGACUUGUACUUUCUUUUACUAUAAUAACUAUUUUGUCUUAUGGAAAGCUUGAUAUCUGGGCCUUAACCUUUUAGGCCUUAUCUAAAAUUGCAAGCGCAUGUUGCUGUAUAACCGGUGGCUGCUCUUGGUUUACAGAUCACUACACAUAACAGUGACAUUAUUGAGUUUGUAGCAUGGUCAGGGCUCCCGGACAAGAAUCUUACGUGAAUCCCCUCACGGAUGAGGACCAAACUCUUGUUUUGUCCCCCUUCCAGGGGAUGGAAAGGCUCACACUCCUGUGAGGCACACCCACAGGUCAUGCUAACCACUAGCCGGCUGUUACUUCUUUAAAAUCUGCUUUGGGGGAGUGAUGCUAGGGAAUACAUUUUCUUGAUUGUUUAAUAGACGUGUAAGGAAAUACACUGGGGAAAAUAUAUAUAUGAAAUGUUUAUUAAGAUGAAAGGAAGUGACUAUGCUCAUUUUUACUUAGUUUCUGAACUUCUCAAGAUGCUCAGAAAGGCUCAUCUCCAUUAGAUUAACCAUAGCUGCAAAAACAAACAACCAAGCAGUUAAGGCCACUCCAUCCCAGCUGGUUCGGUUUUAGUGGGCACCAACUUUAACGCCUCUUCCUUAACUUUGUUCUUUGAUACACUGAUUGCUCUAUUUAGUGCGUCCCACCUUUAUUGAACUCCCAGGAAAUAAUGGAACUCUUACAGUGGAUAGAGGGAAAACUAGCUAGCUUUGGUAAAAAAAGAAGAAAGAAGAAGGAGAAGAAGGAGAGGAAGAAGAAGAAGAAGAAGAAGAAGAAGAAGAAGAAGAAGAAGAAGAAGAAGAAGAAGAAGAAGAAGAAGAGGAGGAGGAGGAGGAGGAGGAGGAGGAGGAGGAGGAGGAAGGGUAUGAAGUAGAAAUGCCAAGUAGGCUGGCAGUGACCCAGGUCUGUGCUUAACUGACAAGGUUCUUCAUCCUUGUACUGUUUGUAGAUCUUGGAGGAGGACCAGGGACUUCGAGUUCUUCUGAUAAACUAGAAGCUGCUAUUUACAAGCCUAUUCAACUAUAGACUGUGCCUGGGUUAAUUUUACUGUACCCAUAAGGGUAUUUGUGUCUCCUCCAUUAAAGAAAAUUGUUGGCCACUGGACUUGGCCGGUUUGGCCACUUGCAAUUGUUAGGUUGUUUUAGUAGCCUUCGGUAGGUAGAGGUGGGUGAGGCAUGUAGCUCUUCUCCCCCACUCGCCCCCCAACCUCACCAGAUGAUACUUUACACUGGAAUCAGCUUUUAGACCAAUUUCUGCCUCAUUCAUGUUUAUAAGCGAGCAGGUAUCCUGUACCAGUCAGCCUGUUAAGCUGUAAGCUUGAAAAUGUCCCAACUCUGUUCUUUUAGGCAACCCAACAAUAUCUGAUGCAAAGAUUCUACUAGAAGCAAAUCCAGCAAUACUCCAGUGUAUUUACUGUCAGGCGACCCAAUUCUGUUUUAACUGCUAGCAACAGAACAGGUUAGUAAUCUAGGAAUCCAGGGUCAGUGGGCUGCUGGAGCCUCACACCUGCCGAUGGAAAGGCUGGGUGAAGUUCACUGCACUAUUUGGCCUCUGCUAAUUAACACUACUAAUUUGACCGUUGAAAAGAAUUACUUAUUAACAAGGUCUCUGGUGUUUAAUUACUGAUAAAGCUCUUGUGGUAGAAGCCUCUGAAGAGACUGGAGUUUUUCAAAUGCUAACAAACCUUUGGAGGAUGUUGUUCCUCAAGUAAAAUUCUUCAAAUGUUAACUAACCAUUCCUAGUGUGUAUAGUAAGGCUAAUAAACAUAUGCCUAAAUAAUGUAAAUUACAUAGAGUGUAACAGGAUUUGUUAAGCAUUCCUCAUGUUAUCAUACCUGUUGGCAUUUCUUCUUAGUGGCAAUCUUUCCUUUCUUGCAGGGGGGUGUGGGGGGGAUUCUGGGGAGGUGGUAUGUGAGAGACAGAUGGACAGAGGGGAGAGGGGUCCGCUUAAAAUUUGCAGCUGAAAAAAAUUUUUCCAUUCACAAAUGCAAAAAGAACCCUCACGUCUGCAAACAUUUCACUAUUUCAGGCCUAUGUUAUAUUUACUUUAAAAUUAUCUCUGCAAAAAGGUUAGAGGUGGGAAAAGAAAGGCCAUAUUUACCUUGACAGUCAAAAUACAUAAAAUAUCAGGUUGAUUUCUACUGCAUUUUCAUUACUAAGUUAUUCUCAAGUUUCAGUUUGAUUUUGGAAGUUUGGAGCUGAGUGCACUAGGAUAAAAGAGCAUAUCAAAAAUUCAGAUGACACUAAAUGUCUUUUUAUCAUACAUUAUCCACUGAGACCCUGAUGUGGAAGUUCUUUCUGUAUCUCAGGGAGGAGGGAAACCACCACCGAUAAACAAAAGGACUCUUCAUGCCAAUGCUUGGGAAUAAAUCUCUUCCCUCGGUCCCUUCCCAAGAAUAUUCUAAUCAGCGUUUGGGGGCUAUGGCCAUGAUAUAUAUGUAUCAAGUUACAUACCUCCCUGCACAAAAAAGAACUGGCUAUAUUCUAUAUUCUUUACGAAAAGUUGCCCUCUUGAGGUCUUUUCCAGCACUUGUCAUUUCCAGUUUUCACCAUCAGGGCCCCUAUGGCCCAGAGGAUUCUUGGUAUCAUGACCUAAACUGGUUGUAUUUAUCAUCAUGACAUGGGAUUGGACUGUGACAGCGGGUUAGAGGGACACCCAGAGGGAAAGCCUCCCUGGGAGGCUUCCAGAACAUCAGAUUUGCUACAGUGGCUUAGAACUGUGACCCAUUCUGCUACAAAUCUGUCUGACAGCCAUGAAGAGAUGUUUCAUGUGUCUCCCCCAAAGGUUAGGAAUAUACUUCAAACAUUCCUAAUGUCCCAUAAUAACUCACAGUGGAUCUAUGAAGCCCAGGGUUCCACAUGCUUUUCCAAGCGAAUGGGCACCACUGUUUUGGUAUUUAAUACUGCUGCCGAUAAUGACCAGUAUUUUUUCUUAAUCCACCCUAACACACUGAUGAGGCUAAAUUAAAUUCCCCUCACAAGUCGUGUUGAUGGCUCGGUGUUUAUCAUAUUUUAACUAGAGGCAUCAGUAUUUUGUCCUAAAUGCAUUAGUUUGCACUUCCCCAUACUGUGGCUCGUUUAUGCCUCUGCUUUCUCGCAUGGUCUUAUGAGACGUUGCGUAUUUCAAUACCCAGAAGAGCAUUUGUCUUCUUAGGUUUCGUUGUGUACUUGAAGUUCCAAGUCUUUUGUAAAAAAAUGUUAAGUAGCUGGUGUUGCUACUGGAUCUCUGGAUUAUUCCAUUUGUCCAUCCAGAAAAGUUCCUGUUUAUCCUCUACCUUCUGUUUCUAUUUCCAAGCCAAUGCUUUAAGACAUAACAUCUGUUCCGGCCUAUUCUGUCUCCAUGUGGCCUUAACCUCUUAACUUCUGUACUCAGUCUCACUCUGUACAUUAGUACUCUGUACCUCGUGGGGCUUUGUGGAGGCAAAAAUAAGAUGCUUAAGGGUUGUCUUCAAGAGAGGUCCUACUUUUAAAGUGAUUUUAUAAAAGCCCCUUGGCUUAGAAAUGAGAAACUCUAGAGCUCUAAUUCUUUUCCUACUCUUGUUUUGCUAUUUUUAUUUCUGAAAAGUGAUCUCUGUCUGAAUAGUCUUUACUCUGGUUUUAACUUUCUUCCCAUUAACCCUUUUCACACUGAAAUUGUCCUCUCUACCUUAUCCGUGCUCUGAACAUUUUACUUAUAGAGCCAAAGCUAAUUUUCCCACAGCAAAUCCUACCUACUUUUCCUCCCAUCACUGAACAAAUUACUCCAUAAACAAGCACUUGGCCUUGCACACAAGAAAUCAGAAGCUAAUGAGACUCACUCUGGCCCUGAGAAGAUUUGACCUUGUGCCUUGGCUUCCCCACUUAAGCUGAGGUUAAUUCUUCUAUUUCACAGCACCUGGGUGUUGUGAAUUCUGACUAAUAAAUGGUGGAAAGCAUUUUGCAAAUGUCCUGUGCUAUAUAAGCAUGUAGCGAAUAAUCUGGAGAGUCUUCAAGUAGAAAUGUAUUCUUGUGCAGCUCAAUUCAAAAUACUAAUCCACCCAUUGUUUUCGUUAAAAUAUUUUACUAACCUGUUUCUUCCCUUUUUUUUUCUUUUUAAAAAUAUUUUUAGUAAAAAUUAGUUUUCUAGUCGUUUGAACUAUGUAUAGGAAGGAACCAAUAGUAUAUAUUCUUGCUUGUCAGAAAAUGCUCAAAUUGUCUUUUAAGUGUUAAAACUAAAAGGGUUACAUAACAGUGUAGUGAUGUAAGGAGGAGGAUUUUAGCUGAAAUGUGGCAAAACAUCGAAAUACAAAGAUUAGCUUUGAUUUUCAAGAUUGUAUUAUAAGUAGUAGGGUUAAUGUGGUUGUUAUAGAUAUUCUUUAUUUUUAAGUUACCAGAAAUUAUCUUUUAUUUUUGAACUCUAUGGUUCUUGACAUGUUUUGAAUAAAGUUUUUAUCAACUAAA